GAAAGUGGCCCUCAGGCACUGGCUGAGAUUCCUGCUCUGCCUGGUAAUCAUUAAUUGUCCCACCGAGGGAUGCAGGACAAUGGCAGCACCAGAAGGACAACCCAGUCCCGCCGGGACCAGUGCUAACUGCUUCUGCGUGGAAAAAGGGUGUGUUGUUUGGGGUCUUUUUUGUGUAUAGCACAUUGGAAUGAUGUUCCUUUGGGAAGGGCGGGGAUUCCUGAUUUCAGGCUCACUCCACCUCAGUGCAGGAAGUCAGAGCGCAGGUCUGUCUCAAGAAUUCCCAAAAGUUCAAAGCGCUUCUUGCCUGGCCAACAUGAAGCAAGCAGCUUUUUGGAAUACUCUGGAAUAUACCUGCCGACUUCUGGGAAUCUCCACCGGAGCAGUGCUCAUUGGCGUUGGCACAGACACACUGCUCCUGGGUCAGUUCAAGAGCCUGGCUGUCUACUUGCUUGUUUCAGGGAUAGGCGUGUCCUUGUGCGAAGCAGCAUACUUUGCUGGCCUGCUCUUGACGGCUUGCUGCACCCCCAAGGCGGGAUCUGGGACGCACACUUGCUGGAAGCACGCCAGGCGUCGGGGGGCCUUCCAGAAGUUCCUGAUGUAUGUGUUGCUCUCGGUAGCCUGCUUCCUGCACCCUGUCAUAGUUUGGCACGUCACUAUCCCAGGCACGAUGCUGGUGGUCACCGGCUUUACCUACUUCCUGCUCAGCAAGCAACAGAAAGAAACUAGAACACCUGGAGAAGAGCAAUACACGGAUUCCCAAAGCGCAGCUGUAGCUAUGACGGAUGCAGGUGACACUGAGCAGAUCUAUACCUUCCCCAGGGGUGCACCUGAAGGGCAACGCAACUCCCUUCUUGGGUUUCUGAGGAGCUUCUUCAAAAGCUGCAAGAAAGUGGACACCGUCGAGGCCUCUUCGAGCUCGCCGCCCACAAGGAGGCAGGUGCACUUUGAAGAGAAGGUGGUGAACAUCAUUCUUUCUGUCAAAGAAAGCCCAGGAGAGCAGGAGAGCUUGGCUGAGGAAACCACAUCUGACCUGGCUCCCAUCCUUCCGCCCCAGUUGUGACAGCCUACAGCGGAGACAGCAAUAGCAAGAACGGGCUCUUUCUGCUGCCUCUAGGAUUAGACGUGCUUCUCUAUGAUUCUAGUGUUUGCCGCAGAGACACCUGGAGGCGACUUGUAGAAAAACCUCCCAGCUUUGGUUUAGGCCAAUGAGAGCAGCCAAGAACUUUCAUUGGUUGAAGUUGGUGGACAGGGA